GAAAAAAAUGUUUUCAGAAAAAUCGAAAUCGUUUAGAUUUGGACCUGUUUCAUACAGUUUCCAUCGACAUUACAAGGAAAAUACUUAUUUGAAGAAUCGUCUAUUGAGAGAGAGAACUUCUGCAUUGACUGGAUUGUAUUCCAAAGACCUUAAGGGUCACUUUGGGUGUGUGAAUGCGAUUGAAUUUUCUAACCAUGGAGGAGAGCUGAUUUGUUCAGGUGGUGAUGACAGACGAGUUCUGUUAUGGCAUUCAGAGAGUGCCCUGUCGCGACAUAAGGCUAAAGUGAUGAAGGGGGAACAUCAUAGCAAUAUAUUUUGUAUUGCCUUCAACAAUGACAACACAAAUGUGUUUUCUGGAGGUAAUGAUGAGCAAGUGAUAGUUCAUGAUGCCACUACUGGUGAGACAAAGGAUGUGUUUCUACAUGAAGAAGCAGUGUAUGGCCUCUCAGCAGAUCCCAACAAUUCCAGUGUGUUUGCUAGUGCGUGUGACGAUGGCAGGAUACUAGUGUAUGAUAUCAGGGAACCUCCAUCUUCAGAACCUUUCUGUUUGGCCAAUUAUGUGUCCCCAAUGCAUUCUGUGAUGUAUAACCCAGUAGAACCAAGGCUCCUAGCAACAGCCAACUCCAAAGAAGGACUCGGACUGUGGGACAUUCGAAAACCUCGCAGUUGUGUCAUAAAGUAUGGUGGUAGAGAUUGUGCCCAAAGCUGUAUGAGUGUACGCAUCAAUCAACUAGGUACAGAACUAGUGGCCCUGAGGCGUCGUCUACCCCCUGUACUUUACAACCUCACCUCAGAGACACCUAUACACACAUUUGAUCAAUCUGGGUACUAUAACUCUUGCACCAUGAAAAGUUGUUGCUUCGCGGGUGAUAGAGACCAGUAUGUGGUUUCUGGAUCAGAUGACUUCAAUCUGUAUGUCUGGAAAAUUCCUGAAAAACCAAAUUCAAUUAAAGAGGUGGACCAGGCCCACUUUGUGUUAGCAGGACACAGGUCUAUAGUGAAUCAAGUCAGAUUCAACCCAGACAAUCACCUUCUCAUCUCAUCAGGAGUGGAGAAAGUUAUAAAAGUAUGGAGCCCUUUCCCUCUGCCAGGCACCCUGAAUGAGGAAACCUUGCUGAAUCGUGUAGAAGAGAGGUCCAUGUACUCACAUGAGGAGUAUAUAAACCUAGUACUCAGAUCAGGAGAGGUGAUGAGCCAUGAUUACACAGAUGGCUCCAUGGAGGAGGAUCCCAGAAUGAUGGCUUUCUUUGACUCACUUGUGCAGCGUGAACUCGAAGGCUGGUCUUCCAGUGAUGUCUCAUCAGACACAGAUGUUGAUGACAUCACAGCUAUUCAACAAAUUAGAGAUGAGCUGUCUCAAGGUACUGCCACAGGCUCUGAUUCCGAUGCAGGACGCAUCAGUCCUUUUUCUGCUGCUUUCGCUAGUGUUAUGGCUGGUAGAACGCAGCAGCUGAGUAAUGAUGUCAUAAAUCGAAUUGACCAAUCAGAAGCAGAAAGGAGCAGAACUCCACAAACAGAAAAUAAUAUUGUCGCUCGACGAGCACGUAUUGCAGAGUUAAUUGCCAAAAAACGUAGAGAGUAUAAAGAAAAACAAGCAUCUUCCAAGACCAUAAAGAAACUUAAAACUAAACGGAAACGAUACACAAACACGAUAGUUUCUUCUGAAUCAUCUGAUUCAGAGUCUGACUCCUCAGCAGUAUUAAAGAGAAAACCUCCCAAACAAGUUUGUAAAGUCACAAUAGGAAGUGGUGAUAUUGUGGAUACAAGUAGUUCUAGUGAGUCAGGGGACAAUGCUUCUAUUGACAUCUUGGAGCAAAUGCAGGCAGAUACCAGACAAAAGAAAUCUAUUAUGAGCCAUAUUAAACAAAUGAGAUCUCGACUGAGGAAUUUGGAUUCUAAUGAAUUGUGUAACUUAGGUUAUGAAGCUUUACGAAGUGAAAGCUCAUCUAGUGAAACAGCACCAAAUGAGAGUAGUACACCCAUUGAAGUUGAAAGCCUAGACUUAGAAAGUAUACACCAAGAGAUUGAAAUUCCAAUCAAACUGGAUACAACUGACAAUAUGAUUGGUCCCCAAUUACCAAAGAAUGACAUCUUGAAUAAGGACAAAAUGAUAGGUCCCCAAUUGCCACACACCUCAAAAGACUCAGCUGUACCAAACAUAGAAACCAAUGAAAUGUUGACACCUGGCUCCACUCACACAUCAUCUAAUAUUGGUUUUACAGCUAUUAAGUCCCGUGCUAUUAAAAGAACAACUAUUCCAAGAUCAGAAACGUCAAGGAAUCAAAUAAAACUAAAUGCAAAUAAAAACAGUAAACACAUUGGAAACUCUGAACAUCAAAACACUAGCACUGAAAUUUGUUAUACUUCCGACAAUUCUAAAUCAACCAUUGAAAACAAUACUAAAACAGUAGAUUUCAAUCAUUGGAAAACUGAUGAAGAAAGCAGGGGGAAUAAAAAAGAUUCCAACUCAGCUGGUUCCUCAAUGACAGCUGCAUCUAAUAAUGUACAAUCUGUAUGGUCGGAAUUUAAACGUUUCAGUCGACGAGUCGAGCGUGCCCGUCGUCAUUAUCGAAGAAUAAGUCAAGAAGAUCAGGAGCAAGAUCAAAAUCCUGCAGAUUAAAUUACUUU